AUGUCGUUGCCUGGUCUUGGGCUAGAAGAGCCAGAAGAGGUUCACACUGUUGAGACCGCCCAACACGAUCUCGCGAAGGAGACAGAAUGGCGUUUCGAGGUCGCCGUGGGCAAGUAUGCACAGGUCAAGUUGUUGACAGGAUCCGCUGAGCUGUUUGGGACUGAACUCGUGGUCGGGAACACCUACAUCUUCACGGGCACAAAGGCUGCCAUCUACACUUGGAAUGGCUGCUCGUUCGAGGUCACCGGUGAUGCCCUGCAAAGCGAGUAUACCGCUGAAGAGACCCCCAUGAGCGAGUACGUCAAUGCUCACUUCGCCCUGGAAAACUUGCGAGUUCAGGCUCAACCCGCUGGACGCGAAGGCCCACGAGUCUUGAUCGUGGGACCUGAAAAUGCAGGCAAAACAUCCCUCGCCAAAAUUCUUACAGGCUAUGCCUCUCGAUCUGCUCGCUCCCCAGUUGUGGUCAAUCUGGAUGUCAAGGAGGGGGUCAUGAGCAUCCCCGGCACUCUCACUGCCACGGUCUUCAAAACACUGAUGGAUGUCGAAGAAGGAUGGGGCACUGCGCCAAUGUCGGGCCCUAAUGGGGCCAUUCCCGUCAAGUUACCACUCGUCUACUUUUUCGGCAGCUCGAAACCCCAGGAAAAGGAAGGGAAGGUCUACAAGGCUCAGAUCAACCGGUUAGCUCUUGCGCUGGCAGGGCGUAGAGCUCAAGACCCCGAAGCUAGAGAAAGCGGAAUGAUUAUCGACACACCGGGAAGUUUGACCACUUUGAAAGCUGGCAGUACGGUGGGAUACGACAUCAUUCAGGACAUCGUUUCUGAAUUUGCCGUAUCGGUUAUCAUCUGCAUGGGCUCAGAGAGAUUGUACAGUGACAUGGUCAAGAAGUUUGAUGGACAGCCUACAGUAUUCCGACCCUCACCGUCCACUGCAACAACAUUACCCACCGCGCUCGAAACAAUAUCCGUAAUCAAACUUGCCAAAUCAGGCGGCUGCGUCGAUCGCGACGAGGCAUACAUGACUGCCUUCCGCGCUGCGCAAAUCAAGACAUAUUUCUACGGCAACCCGCGCCUGAGCAACGGUAUCUCCCUACAGCCUCGCCAUCAACAAGUGGAUUUCUCCACGUUGACCGUUUGGCGCCGUGUCGGGACCACCCCAGACCCGUCAGCAGCAGCAGCGGCCAACGCAGACGAAGACGAAGAGGACUCCUUCCUGCCGGGCGGUGCAGGCGACGACGCUGAUGACAACACAUCUCCCUAUUCCAUGUCAAAGGUCCCGCUUCCCGAAUCUCAAAUCUUCGAGCGUAUGACCGCCCCCAUCGCGGCCAUGCGCAGCUCCGUCCUCGCGGUGAUGAACUGCGAAGGAGAAGCCGAGCAGGAGGUCAUUCGCGACAGUACCGUGAUGGGGUUUCUGUACGUCACGGACACAGAUGAGGUAAGAGGGAGAAUCAGUGUGUUAAGUCCUGUUGCAGGGCGAGUGCCCAGUCGGGCGAUUGUGUGGGCAGGAUGGCCGGAAGGUGUUAUAGGGUUGGAAAGAACAUGA